AGAGCGACCAGGCCUUUCCCUGUCGCUCUUCACGACGUUGCCGCAAACGCCAAGCCAGUGGUUGCCGCCAUCCGCAUUUGAUGGAUCGGCUUUCAUCCUACCCCCCUCCUCCUCUCUAGAUCCAGCCUUUGCCCCCCUCUCCCUCCCUAACGCGUGUCCGAUCCGAUCGAUUUGCGGACCCAGAAUCGAUCGAUGGGAUCCUUCAUCUCUUCGGCUGCCGGUGCCGGUGCCGCGGGCGAGGUUGAGGUUGAUCAUGCCGCACGCUCCUUCCGCUCUCCUACCAUAAAGGAGAUGACCCGCCUUCUCACAAACAAGGAGCUAGCUCGGUUAGACGGAUACGAUCCAGUAAGCUUCCAAGAACUCGUGGCUGGCGACCCCACGUUGGCACAAGACGAGGCCGACUCCGCCGCCGUUUGUAAGCUUGUACAACGCGCCCUCAAACACUACAACUCCAAAAACCCGGGCGCCGACUUCCAGUAUCCCGCCGACCUGACCACGGAGAUGAAGGCCACCCAUAUCAAUUUCAGGGAACGUUUCUGGUUCCACGUCGGUUUCUCGGCGCGCCGGAGGAAUGCCGGCGCCGACGACGAGCUGCACCACUUCUUUGCCGAGCUACGCUUCAAUGAGUGGACCCGUAGACCAAAUGUUCAAACAUGCAUCAUCUUAGAAAAGCCGUUGUGUCGCUUCAGAAGCAGGUGUGCUUUUUGUACAGAUGGUUCUAAGAUUUUGCACCCAAGCGAUACUGAAUUUGAGUGUGGAAAGGAGGGGCAUGAAAAGGAAUUCUUCAGCAAGAAGGAUAUGCUAGUGUGGCCGAUUGAUCCUACGAGACAUGCAUCGCGGACGUAGGAUAUUUAUGGUUUUCUUUGUAUUUUUCAUCCUUGUUGUUUAGUUUCCUGGAUCAUAAGAGAAGUAAAUUAUUGUCCGAGCUUCACCGUGCACAGGAUCCUUGCUUUUUGAGCACGAAUUACAUGAUCUUUACAGCAAUGUAAUUAUUUGCCGUUGAUCUUUCA